CCAGCCGACGCCAUUGGCAUGGAGGGGCUGAGGCGUUUUCAAACCGGCGGGCGGGAGAGCGAAGAGGAGAUGCAGCUCUUGAAAGCUUCAGGAGAAGUUGCAAAAGGCCCCUGAAUGAAAAGUAAUGUCCUGCUUGGUUAAAAAAAGCAAUAUCUGUUCUCCAGAAACAACUGUGUCAUCUCUUCUAGCAAGUGGUAACUUUAAGAGUGGCCAUGACUCCUUGAGUCACAGUUCAGUCCAAUACAAGGACAAAUUGUAUAGUUCUGCCUCUCAAGCUCUAGAGGCCUAUAUUAAAGAUUUCAAUCUCAGUCUUUCAUCGCCAGGCGUCAGAACUGGAAAAAUUGAAAUUCUUCCGAGGGCUCCUGAAAACUUCAAGUUCUCAAAGGACGAUUUUGUGGCCAAGAGUGAAAAUGUCAAGCAGCAUACACGUCUGGAAAGAAGAAUUGUUUAUGAGCCAGAUAUAGCCAGUCUGACUACAGAUGAUCUUUUAGCAUUUCCUGCAGAUGGUUCCCCAUCUUUCAGGAUUUCUAGGUCAUCAGCUCAGAGAAGCAAUGUGAACAGGAGGUCCUGGACGACAUCUGCUUCUUGUUCUCAUCACUGGACUUCGUCCUUCCACGAUAAAGAAAAAGAAAAUUCUUGGAAACAUUCCUUGCUUCCCUCCUCAUACCAUGAAGGUAGCAGAAAAAAAGGUACACGAUAUAAAUUUCAAAAACAUCAUUCUGUGCUGCCUGGGAAUGACCAGCUUGCCAGCCGAGAGACCGUACUUCAUAAGAAUUAUCCAAGAUGGCUGACAAGCCAUAAAACCGAGUUGAGCAUUUCAGACAUAAGCAGUAUUCCUGAAUCCAAGUAUCCCAUCUGGCUGAAGAAUCAUAAUCUCUUACUGGAUUCAAGUGAAAAUUCUACACAGACCUCACACCUGUCUUUGCAAGAUAAUCGGGAGUUGAUGGCAUUUCAAAAUAUUAAAAGACAUAAUGAUGUGGUGAGCCUAAAGCACGAGUGUGAUACUCAAUCAAAUCACCCCAAAGAUUCUCUAAGUGCCUGUUUUCUACUGCAGGGCUUAAGAGAGCACAAGGAUCCUCUUAUAGAUGACACAGAGAAACUGAUUCAGAAAGCAAGGAGGGCACUGGAACCUUCUGCUGAGGAGUCAACUAGUCUCCUGAAAAAUGACGGCAGUCCUUGUACCGUGGAUGUGCUAGAAGCAGAAAGAUUGUGGGAUAAUGUUCCAAUUGGUUUAAAAUCUCCGGUACCUGUAUCCUGUGUGGAGGAGAAUUCUCCACCAAACCCCAAGGCCAGCAUGGUCAAUAACUUUUUAGAAGACUGUUUGCAGAAUGGUCAACAGGAGAGUACGUUUUCAGGUGGAAAUCAUCAUGGUCCUGUAGAAGCUUUGAAACUCAUGCUGUUUAACCUUCAAGCAGUUCAGCACAGCUUUCACAAAAACAAAUCUGACAGACCAAAUGAAGAGUCCCCAAAAGUUUCAAGUGGAGAUGAAGAUUUCAAGUUGAUCGAUUGUGAUAUGAUCCCUGUGGCCCAGUCCCUUCAGAGAGCUUUGCAUCAUUUAUCCCGACUUAAAGGAUUGGUUAACGAUACAAGUGGUAGAGAAGAAUCAACAGAAUCCCUCAAGACAUGACGCAUUGAACAUAAAUAUAUCUACAAAAUAAAUAUAAUUUAAAACAUCAGUUAAAGGCAGGGGCACGUAUUAAGACGCUCGUGAACCUAUGAACUCAGCUUUUUUCCAAAUCUUGUAUUUAUGUAAAUAUAAAUGUAUCUAACUAAAGUCUCUAGAGGCAUGUUAUCUUUUAUGAAACUUUGCCAGUCCCUAAAGAAAUGUGCAAAUGAUAGAAAAGGGUUGCUCUACUUUGAGACUUUUUCUUCCUUAAUAUCUGUUUCCAUCCUAGCUGGGUAGAAAUAGUGAGCAACUCAGGCACCUGCUAAAGAAAAAAGGAAGUUUUAAGCUCCGAAAACUAAUUUUAUAAUUUUUUACUAUUCCUGAUAACAGAGGCCAGAAUACAAAUGAUUAUUGUUAUAUCAGAUGUGGUAUGGUCAAAAACAAUAAUUGUAUAAAGGGAUACGGAUAAUCCAGAUGAAGUAAUGAAGUGUGAAGGUAACAUUACUGCAGAAAUGAGUUCUUGUGUGUCACUCUAAUAGACCUGCAUAAAUAUAACUUUAUUUUCAAAUACACGAUUGGUCUGUUGGAAUUUAAAAUACUAGUCUCCAAAGAUGGACUCUAUUUCCAUAUUUUUAUUCCGCUUCCCCUAAACCACAGAUUGGAGUUCAGCAUAACAAAUAUUUUGGAUAUGCAUAGAAUGACAUCACAGUUCUCUGCAAAACCAUCAAAGUUAGGCUACGUUGCAUAGUGGUUAUUGCUGAACUCUGCUACAUUGGAUCUCUAUCUUGGGAACCACUAUUAUUGAUUCAGACAGUUGUUUCUGAGAAGACAAAAACAUAGAUGACACAUACAUACAUUUGGUUUUUGGUCCAAAAUUUGUCAGAGCAUGUGGUUCUAGACAAUCUAAAAGUCUGAUUCAGAAUUUCAAACCAACUUAUUCUCUGAAUGAGAUCAUCCAUCACUUCGUCAAUCUCAUUUGGAAAACUGCUUCAGUUGGGAGGAAACCCUUUUUAUACAUGUGCAGAAGACCAUCAAAUAGCUGGAUCAAUUUGGAAAGCAUUGAUUCAAUUUAGAUGUCUAAUUUAGAAAGUCAAUUUAGUUCAGGGGUUUGAUUGAACUGCCUUCAAACUGCUGUCCUUUGUGCAGCUGUAAUCUGCAUGAAAUUGUUGAUUGGAUAAGUGUUUCUAUCUGCUGUAAUUUAUUCAAUAAACUAUGCUUAAACUCUGA